CAUGCUCAGAGCCGUGCAGGGAGCUGUCCGCGGCAGUCGGUGCUGAAGCGUCUCAACCACAGCAGCCUCAGCGGACAGAGCUACAGAAGACAUGGAGGAAGAACUGAAAUGCCCCGUUUGUGGUUCCUUCUUCAAGGACCCAAUCCUGCUCCCCUGCUCCCACAAUGUUUGCCUGCUUUGCGCCCGGAACAUCAGCGUCCAGACCCCGGACGGGGAGACCCCGGUUCAGAGCCGUGCCUCCGGUAGCUCCGACUAUGAUUACCUGGACAUGGAUAAAAUGAGUCUGUAUAGCGAGACGGACAGCGGGUACGGCUCCUACACUCCCUGCCAGCUCAAGUCUCCAAACGGGGUUCGGGUUUUUCCGCCGGUCGUCCCUCAGCGGAACUGCUCUCUCACCUGUCCGCUGUGCCACCGGAGCGUCUCGCUGGACGAGCGGGGGCUCCGGGGGUUUCCUCGGAACCGGCUUCUGGAGGCCAUUGUGAUGCGGUACCAGCAGACCCGCGGCAUCCCGUGCUCUUCAUCCUCCUCCGCGGUGAAGUGUCAGCUGUGCGACCGCAACCCGGUGGUCGCCACGGUGAUGUGCGAGCAGUGCGACGUCUACUACUGUAACGCCUGCCAGCAGCGGUGCCACCCGUCCCGCGGUCCGUUGGCCAAACACCGCCUGGUACCGCCGCCGAACCAAGCGGCUGGUGGAGCGGCGAGCGGCGGGGGUGGACAGCAGCCUUCGCUCACCGCGCGGAAAGCAGGGACCUGUGUGGAUCAUGAGUCGGAAAACUUCAGCAUGUAUUGCUGCAGCUGCAAGGCUCCGGUGUGCGUCAUGUGUUUGGAGGAGGGGAAACACGCCAAGCACGACGUUAAACCGCUGGCUGUGAUGUGGAAGCAACACAAGUGCCAGCUCUCUCAGGCUCUAAACGGCGUCUCUGAUAAAGCUAAAGAGGCAAAGGAGUUUCUGGUUCAGCUCAAGAACAUGCUCCAGCAAAUACAGGAAAACGGUGUGGAGUUUGAAGCUUGCCUUGUGGCUCAGUGUGACUCCCUGAUCGAGGCGCUGACGAGACAGAAAGCUAAGCUGCUCACCAAAGUCACCAAGGAGAAGGAGUACAAAAUGAAGGUUGUGCGUGACCAGAUCACCCACUGCACCAUGAAGCUGCGGCAGACCACCGGCAUGAUGGAAUACUGUCUGGAAGUCCUCAAGGACAACGACCCCAGCGGGUUCCUGCAGAUCUCAGAUGCCCUGAUCAAGCGAGUGGCAUCGUCUCAGGACCAGUGGGUGAAGGGGGCCCUGGAGCCCAAGGUUGGCCCCGACUUUGACCUCACCCUGAAUACAGACUCUUUGAUGCAGACCAUCCUACAGCUGGACUUUUGCGAGGGAAAAGAUAUGCAGGAGAAACCGGUACUGAAAUUAAUGCAGGCAGAAGACAGUGUUGAGACUGAGAUGGAGGAAGAGAGCCCAGGAGUGGAAUCUGGACCCGCGGUCCCAGCGGCUCCCUUACUACAGCUUGAGAAGUGCUGCACAAUGAACAACAGCGCCACCCUGGCCUGGAGGGUAAAUGCACCUGCAGGUUGCCCCAUCGAGGGCUACAUCUUGGAGCUGGAUGAUGGGAAUGGAGGACAAUACAGGGAGGUGUAUGUUGGGAAGGAGACAGUCUGCACAGUGGAUGGGCUGCAUUUUAACAGCUCCUACAACGCCAGGGUGAAAGCCUACAACGCCAUCGGAGUGGGACCGUACAGCAAGACGGUCGUGCUCAAGACUUCUGAUGUGGCUUGGUUCACCUUUGACCCCUCCUCAGCUCACCGGGACAUCGUCUUGUCUAAUGAGAACCAGACAGCAACGUGCAGCAGCUACGAUGACCGGGUGGUCCUCGGGACGGCUGCGUUCUCCAAGGGAACUCACUAUUGGGAAGUCAGCAUUGACCGAUAUGACAACCACCCGGACCCUGCAUUCGGCGUGGCGAGGAUCAACACCAUGAAAGAAAUGAUGCUGGGGAAGGACGACAAGGCCUGGGCCAUGUAUGUGGACAACAACCGCUCCUGGUUCAUGCACAACAACUCCCACACCAACAGAGCGGAGGGAGGCAUCACUAAGGGCUCCACUGUGGGCAUCCUGCUGGAUCUGACCAAACGGACCCUAACCUUCUAUAUAAACAAGGAGCAACAUGGACCAACAGCCUUCGAGAACCUGGACGGGGUUUUUGUUCCUGCUGUCAGCCUCAACAGAAACGUCCAGGUGACCUUACUGACCGGAUUGGAGGUGCCAAAGAAUAUCAAACAGUAGGAGCUUACUGCUUUCCUGAGCGUGCCCUGGAUACUAACCUCUGAUGUCACAUGCAGCCUCGGUUCCCUUCAUUGGGGAUAUUUGUCUGAAAUGUCAGCUUUGGUUCUGUCCAUGCUUUCCAAGCUGCCAUGUGUUUCUAUACGAUGUCAUGAUGAAGGAACAAAUCUGACUGGUUGUAAAUUUUUGUGCACAUUGUUACAAAGGGGAUUGGGGUUAUUGUAUUGAUUUAUUUUCUGGCAAAAAUCACAGGAUUCAAACAGAAUUUAUGAUUUUCUUUUUGUUUUAAACUAGUGUCAUUGUAUCAAUUUCAUGACAAAAGAAUCUUAAGUUUAAAUAGUAAAGCUAGACACCUAGAAGACAUUCUCACUGUGUUGAAAUUAUUUUGGAGAACAGCCUCACAGUUUACAUCAAUAAGGUGCUUUUGGUGAUCAAAAAACUGACAGAAGAACCGUUCAACUUCGACAGCUGUAGUUACAACAGGUCCAUCAGUCUGAUUAUAUCUUAACUUAUUGUCUGGAAAUUCAAAGCCAUCCAAGGUUGACAAAAAUCUCCCUGUGACACAAAGAUUGUUUCCUGCUGUCAGUAAGGUUUACAGUUGUGCUGGAUCUGAGAAACAAUGGGAUUGAUUACAUUUCACUUAUUAAAGACGCAACAAAUCAGCAGAACCUGGGAGUCGACCUUCUGCAGGUUAUUUAUCUCAUUUGCAUCUUAGUUUAUUUGUCCCCUUACUGCAGGAAACACUCCUGUUCAAUUUUGUUUUUGAAUCCAAAGACUCAUAUGUGGUGAAAUAAAAAAGAGAACUUAAAUGUAAAGUACACACCUUUAUAUAAGGAAAUUGGAUAUAUAUUAAUUCAAAUUUUAAG